AUGAAUGAUUUGAUCCGCGCACGGGAGCUCAGGGCUCAACAGCGAUUAAACAAAUCGUUGGAUCCCAAGAAGCUUCGCGAGAUUGAGAGGAAGGCACGUGUGAUGGAGAACAUAUCCGUGAUGGUCCAUGAGUACCUGGAGACAAAGUAUGCUCUUGUCGAGCACCGUCUCUCGCACAGCGCCACCGCUAUCAAGACACUGGGUCUCGAAUAUGACCAGUAUAUCUCGAUGGCUGUUUUACAUUUUGAGCGGCGGGCAGAGAUAACUCAAGAAGCCUGUCUGUUUCUAGAGCACCAGUAUUGCAAGAUCGUGUUCCACAGACUUCCAUAUCUGAGGUCGGAGGUCUCAAAAUCAGCGCGUAUUCUUGCAGAAUUGCAUGUCAAGGUUAUCCGUUCCUCCCUGGCCGUAUUGAAACAGGAUUCAAAGCUUCUCCGCAUACACUUGCAUCAAGAGUAUUUGAGUCCGCGGAAUGUCGCCCGAGCCAAAGUCGAUAGAGCACUCAAGCGAACUAAUCUUCUGGCUCAACAAUACAUUGAAUUGCAGGGCAAGGUCUCUGAUGUGCUGAGUGCCUUGAAUUCUAUGACGCCACUUCUACAAGCCCUUGCCUCCUUGGAGACGCCGUCAAAGCUGCGUUAUGAGGAUUUUUUAAAGAAGAUCCUUGCCCAUGGCAAUGACUUUGGUACCACGGCUCAUGUAUAUCGCUGGUUUUGGCGCACGAAGAGAAGAUCGGAGAUACGGCUCGGCGAUGCCUAUUUGCUGGAAUUCUUCACUCUGGUAAACUCGGUCAGAUCUGCUGCAAUCGCUCCGUCAAGAUACAUUUCGUCAAUCAUGUUUGAGGGCAAGGAGAGCCAGCGCACACGAGAAAUCAUGCAUAGACAGAGGCUUCGAGUGAUCGAUCGCAUUCGCAGGGCAUACCUUCAACGGUGGAAAGGCCCCAAACCGACUUGGUCCCCCGCGCUCAACAAAUACUGGCGCCAGCUCGAUCUAUUUGCCCCCUUUGAGAUUCAGCGAUUGCACCACAUGCUUUUGACAAAGGAAGUCCUGUACCUGAUUCCCACCACGGCGGGAUAUUUUGGACCCAUGUGGGAAGGUCUCGCAGAGUACCAGACAAAAGAGCUGCUGCGGAACUAUCUAGUCGACUGGCAUAAAUCAUACAGGGCCUCCUCGAAAGAGUACCUGGUGGAGCUGGAGCUGUACAGAUACAUCAGCUGGUACCGAUUCGGGCUUGAGGAGCGAAUGGCGAAAACGAGGGUUCCGAACAUCAUCCAAGCCGAGGGUCUCUUUGUCUCAGAAAAACCGAUCAGUCAAGAGCUCGGACGUUUCUAUCGUUGGAUCCAUCAAAUGAUGGACCUCCGCGAUAGAGGGUUUGCACCAGACAUGGCUGUUCGCAUGUCCAAAGAGUCCAACUUUCUUCAGACUUGGUCAAGGAUGACGGACAGAUUCAAGGAGGAAGCAGCUGCGCGAAAGUCUCAGAUUCUCGACCUCGGUUCUGUCAAAAGCGUGCGGCAAAAAGUCAAACACGCUGUGCGCUCAAGGACGGUCUCCGAGUCUCAAUCUGGCAAUCCGGCGGAUACCACGGCCAAGGAAGCCAGUCAAACUCAAGUUAACGCACUUCUGCAUCAAGGCAGCGGCGAAGGAAGAAACGGCAGUCCUUGGCCACAGCAUCCAAACCGUCUGGUGCUCCACGACGAAACACGGAUCAACGUGAAAAGCCCAGGUUAUCAGUUGCGGCCGUCGAUUCGCCCAGCCAGGUUGGAAAGACGAGUCGUACCUCUCUGCUCAGCAAUGCCGAAGCAAGGACAACCACAGUCGACGAAUGGCAGAAAGGACGAGACCGUGCUUCCAAACUGGGCGUCUGACAAGCUCCAGUCCAGUAGAAGCGGGCAACCGGUCUCGAAGCUGUCUUCAUCGUCGGGCUCCAAGGCAAAUGAUAAAUAUGACACUGUUGAUCAAGGACCUGUGCGACGAAAUGACAAGAGAAGCCAGACAAAAAAACGUCGCGACACUGCUUCUCGCAUGUACGGCGACUUCAACGCUGAUGAAUUGAGGGGCAAAAAUGCAUGCAUCCCGCAGUUGCAGGCUUCGAAAGUGCACUCCGACAAAAUCUCAAUCUUGUCAGAAAAAACAGACCGUGCCGAGGAGGGCACGAUUUCAGCUGAAGAGGAGACGUUGUUCUGGAAGCACAGUGACCAGCUAUCUCCUGAUGGACAGAAACCAAAAGUACACUACUGCAAAAGCCGAGAGAGUACCGAACGCGUUUUGCAGCAUUUCCUUGACAGUAAGGUCAUCGGCUUUGACUUGGAAUGGCAAGCACAAGCAUCCGCAUCACGCGGUGUUCAAAAGAACGUGUCACUCAUCCAAAUUGCAGACGAAAAGCGCAUCGCUCUCUUUCAAAUCGCUUUGUUCAAACCCAGUCGGACUCGCGAGGAUCUCGUUGCACCGACCCUCAAGCACAUUCUCGAGUCACCAGACAUCACCAAGGUUGGAGUUUCGAUCAAAGCAGACUCGACCCGGCUACGUAGAUAUCUCGGCAUCGAAACACGUUCGAUACUCGAACUUAGUCAUCUGUACAAACUCAUCCGAUACGGACAAACCCAGCCAGCGCUGGUCAAUAAGAGACUCGUGAAUUUGAGCGAUCAGGUGCAAGCACACUUGGGUCUGCCCCUCGAAAAAAGUGGAGAUGUGCGGUGCAGCAAUUGGACGAUACCGUUAAACUAUAGCCAGGUUAGCUACGCUGCCACAGAUCCAUACGCCUCUAUCUGUCUUUUCAAUGCCAUGGAGAAGAAGCGACUGGCCAUGAAACCUACUCCGCCUCGUCCGGCCCAUGCCGAAUUAAAUCUACCGAUCGUCUGCCCUUCAGGUCAGACAGUGAACGUGGAGGAUCCGCAGGUGGUUCCUGGGAUUGUUGAUGGCGAUGUCAUUGAUCGCUCUUGA